GGAGACCGUCGAUAAGUUAAAUAGGAGUGUUCGACCUAAAAACAGACUCGAGCAAUUGCAUGAAAACACACGUUUAAAAGCAUUUUAUUUAUUUGUCAUUGUACUUUUAUGUUUUUAGUAUCACCUAUUAGGGUUGAUUUUUAAAAAUAAAGUAAUUUAUUUUGCUGUGGUAUUGGAAUGAAUAACAAAUAUUGCUAUUGUUAUCAGUUUUCGCGAUAAUCAAAUUUGUUUAUUUUCUAAAUAUGAGAUUACCUCCUCUACCCACGAUAGGAGAUGUUGUUCGUCUGCAUAAACUUUCAGCUGUUAAAAAACUUUCACAGAACUUCAUUAUGGACAUGUCACUUAACAGGAAAAUUGUACAGUAUGCUGGUAAAUUGGAUGGCUGUCACGUAUGCGAGGUUGGCCCAGGUCCAGGGGGUAUUACAAGGGCAAUUCUAGAACGGGAUAUCGCUCACUUACAUGUCAUUGAAAAGGAUCGAAGAUUUUUGCCCGGAUUAGAGAUGCUUGCAAAUGCAUCAGGAUGUUUGACUGUCCAUCAAGGAGAUGUUCUAAGAUUUGAUAUGGGCAAUCUUUUUCCUGAGGAAUGUGUGAGACCCUGGUCAGAUAAUGAGCCUCAUCUUCAUAUCAUAGGAAACUUACCUUUCAAUGUGGCGACACCUUUAAUAUUCCAAUACAUGGAAGCUAUAUCAAACAGAACAGGGGCAUGGAGAUAUGGAAGGACAAGAAUGACAUUGACAUUUCAAAAGGAAGUAGCUGAAAGAAUGGUUGCAACAACCCAUUCAAAACAAAGAAGCCGUUUGUCCUUGGAUAUUCAAAAUUUAUGUGAAGUUAAACUGAAGAAAAUUAUACCUGGUAGUGCAUUUGUGCCUUCACCUGAAGUUGAUGUAGGAGUUGUUCAUCUAGUUCCACGUAAGAAACCCCGGAUAGAUCUACCCUACAGAUUAAUAAAAAAAGUGAAUAGACACUUAUUCCAUUACAGGCAAAAAAUGUGCAAGAAUUCAUUGUGUACUUUAUUUCCGGCAGAUCAACCAGAACUUGUGAUAGAACUAUUGGAGGACGCAAAUAUCAACCCUGCUAAAAAAUCAGUAGACUUUACAAUGAAUCAAAUUGACCGUUUGUGUCAUUCAUAUAACAAAAUAUGCCAGCGCUUGCCUUACAUAUAUGAUUAUGAAUACAGAGACCCUAAGAGUUUAAAACACUAUAAAGAAUUGAGUGAACUAGAAAAAGAGUUACAAUAUAGACCUACAUUUGAUGAUGAUGAUUUAAUAACUGACAGGGAUUUAUUAGAUGACAACGAUUUAGAAUUUGAUCAUGUUGAAGAAAGUGAAACUAUAUAAUAUUGAAGAGCUAAAAGAUGGACUAAGCUGAUCUGUUUAAAGGCAACAAGUUUUUGCUAAACUAUAAAAGCUAGUGACUUAAAAACUUCAUAGGAUGAUAGAUCUCAUUGAAAAGAAGUGCAGUGCACCAAAAACCAGUAUUCUGUACUUCAUGAUUUUUGAGUUAUUGCCCUUUGUUAAUUUUCAUACUUUACUUUUAUCUGUCUUAGUUUUUUAUACACAUUACUUUAAUAAUUAAAGAAAUAAAGGGUUUGAAAAUAAUAGGUCUUACAUGUAGGGUUUUUUUUUAAAAAACAGUUGCCAUAUUAUUAUACAGAUAAGCUUGCCAGUAUUAUCAGUUUCUGAAAAACAUCAGACUAACUUAUUGUAAGUCAAGUUUUAUAAUUUUACUAAAAAAUAUGUUCGCACUCUUUUUUUAAUAUUGACAAAGCAUUGGUGAAGUUUUUUUGGUUUAAUUUGGAUAAUGUUUAUCAACUGUUGUUAACUAUAGUGAAAUGUAAUAAAUUACUUAGAAAUAAAUUUAUCUAAGAUGCCAGUAACUGGA